UGGCAGUGGCAUAACCAGAAAUGUAUUUCAACGGGAUGAGGAAAUAUACAACAUAAUAUCUUGGCUGUUUUUCCAGAUCUGUACAAUUAAAUUGGGGACUGACAGGUCAACCUCCACCGAUCCGCUUCAGGUUCCAGCCAAUGUGGUGGAAGUGGCACCGACAUGCAUGUCUGAGGGCUGCAGGAGAUCCAGCCCGGGGUCAACAGGGUGACCUCGGAGCUCCCGUCGGAGGUCUCAGCACCCAAGCCCCAGCCGGAGGUGAACCUGGUGACCUCAGAGCUCGAACCUAAGACCCACGAGGAGGUCUCACCCGCCAAGCUCCAGCUAGAGGUCAACAGGGAGGCCCCAGCAUCAGCACCCCAGCCGGAGGUUAACUUGGCGACCUCAGAGCUCGAACCUGAGACCCAUGAGGUGGGCUCACCUGCCGAGGUCCAGAGGUCAACAGGGAGGACCCGGCCCCAGAGCUCCAGCCUGAGGUUCAGGAAGGGGUCUUAGCUCCACAGAUCCACUGUAAAGCCCAGUUACUGUCCCAAGUGUCUGUUAACCCGGACAACCAAGCCCUGCUGAAGCCUAAGUUUACUGAUACGGCUGACCAAGUUCCUCUCACACCCGAGUCUACUGAUACGGCCGACCAAGUUCUGCUCAAGCCCAAGUCUACUGACACGGCCGACCAAGUUCUGCUCAAGCCCAAGUCUACCAAUACGGCCAACCAAGUUCUGCUCAUGCCUGAGUCUACCGAUACGGCCGACCAAGUUCUGCUCAAGCCCUAGUCUACCGACACGGCCGACCACGUUCUGCUCAAGCCCGAGUCUACCGACAUGGCUGACCACGUUCUGCUCAAGCCCGAGUCUAUUAACACAUACAGCCAAGUCCUGCUCACGUCCAAGUCAGCCGACACGACCGACCAAGCCCUGCUCACGUCCAAGUCAGCCGACACAACUGACCAAGCCCUGCUCAUGUCCAAGUCAGCUGACACGACCGACCAAGCCCUGCUCACGUCCAAGUCAGCCGACAUGGCCAACCAAGUUCUGUUCACGCCCGAGUCCGCCGAAACUGACGACCAAGUUCUGCUCACGCCCCAGUCAGCCGACACUGACAGCCAAGUUCUGCUCACGCCCGAGUCCGCCGAAACUGAUGGCCAAGUUCUGCUCACGCCCGAGUCCGCCGACACUGACAGUCAAGUUCUGCUCACGCCCGAGUCCGCCGACACUGACGGCCAAGUUCUGCUCACGCCCGAGUCCGCCGAAACAAACAACCAAGCUCUGCUCAUGUUCCCGUCUGAUGACCUGACCCACCAAGUUAUGCUCACGCCAGAGUCAGAAAAACUGUUCGACCAAGUUCUGCUCACGUCUGAGUUUGCUGAAACAAACAACCAAGCUCUGCUCAUGUCUACGUCUGAUGACCUAACCAACCAAGUUAUGUUCAUGCCCAAGUCAUCUGAUGGGGACAACCAAGCUCUGCUCACUUCCCAGUCUGCUGACAUGACCAACCAAGUUCAGGACGUCACUCUGCUUUCCUGCUCAGCCGAGGACGUCACUCCACUUUCGUGUUCUGCUGGGAACUUCACUCCGCUUUCCUGUUCCACCGCAGACGUCCCUCUGUUUCCCUGUACUGCCGCGUAUGUCGCUCUGCUUUCCUGCACUGCUGCGUACGUCGCUCUGUUUCCCUGCUCCACCGAGGACGUUGCUCUGCCUUCCUGUUCAGCCGAGGAUGUCGCUCUGCCUUCCUGUUCAGCCGAGGAUGUCGAUCUGCUUUCAUGUUCUGCCGAGGACGUCACUAUGACUUCAUGCACCGCCGAGGACAUCGCUCUGCUUCCCUGCUCCGCCGAGGAUGUCGCUCCGCUUCCCUGCUCCGCUGAGGACGUCGCUCUGCUUUCCUGCUCUGCCGUGUACGUCGCUCUGCUUUUUUGUUUCGCCAAGAAUGCCGUGCGGUCUCCUGGCUCUGCUUGGGACAUUCUGCCCAGGGGGCCGGGGCUGCCAAUGGAGAUGGAUGUUUCAUGGCACUCUGGGAGGAGCGUGCUGAAGAGCAUGUGAAUGCACGCUGCCGUGCAAGGUGCACGAGCACCUGCUUUUCGUUGUUGACAUUCGUGACAUUUAGACACGUGCAUUUGUUAUGUUUUGUUAUGUCUCCUUCCUGUUCUGUCAUUGGCUAUUGUUUCACGUGUGUCUGAAUUGCCCUCAGCCGUCAGCUAUUAAGACGCUGAUUAAGUUUGCAUAUAUACCGCGCGCCUCCCAGCACACAGUGCGGAAUAUUGAGUUAUAGUAGCUUAGUUUAGAGUCCUUACAAUAGAUAACCAUAGUUAUAGUUCAUGUCAUGUUUCAUGGUUCAUGUUUAGAGUCAUAGUCAUAGUCCAUGUCAUGUUUCAUGUUUAGAUUCGUUAGUUUAGUUCACGCUGGUUUCUCCGCUACCAGUCCCGCGCUAUUGUUCAUGUUUCUUGUUUUGUUUCUCGACCCUGUAUUUCCGUGACCGCGACCUUGAUUCCUGCCUCGCCCCUUAUGCCUGUUUGCCAAUCGCCUGAACUAUGCAUGUUACUGGAUUACAUUUGUGGAUCACGUUUUGGAUUUGUCUGCCUGUCUCUCUCUUAAAUAAAACUAUUCAUACUG